AUCCAAGUUCUCCACGGACAUUUGGAGUACACGCACAAGAUAGAGGUCUCAGCAAAAAAAGACAUACUUUUGUUAGUUUUUAUAGCAAACAUAAUCAUAUAACGAUUAAUUAGCACAAAUUUGAAGAUACAUAUUUUUAAUUCAUCAUGUCUGAAACUUUUUCUCCGGACGAUGAAGUCCGAGUUGAUAACGAUGGAGUUGGUCAAAGUGUUGUUCUAGAACGUUCGACUCGUCAGGAGAACAAGUUGACUUUGGUGGCCGCCCAGCAUACUUUGGUGCCGGCCUUCAAGCAGAUGAAACUGGAAGAAGAAGCGCAGAAGAACUGGGACUUGUUCUACAAAAGAAACAGCACGCAUUUCUUCAAGGACCGACAUUGGACCGGCAGAGAGUUCGAGGAGCUCAAGGCGUGCAGAGAGCCAGAGUCCCAGAGGCUGGUCCUGCUGGAGGCCGGCUGCGGUGUCGGGAAUUGUAUCUUCCCUCUGCUGGAGGAUGAGGGCAACAUCUUCGUUUACGCCUGUGACUUCUCGCCAAGAGCUGUGGACUUUGUCAAAAACAAUCCCCUUUACAGUCGCGGUCGCUGCAGGGCCUUCCAGUGUGACCUGACCCAGGACGACCUGCGCGACAACAUCCCCGAGGCCAGCGUGGACGCGGUCACGCUCAUCUUCGUGCUGUCGGCCAUUCAUCCCGCCAAGAUGGCGCGGGCCGUGCGCAACGUCAGCACGGUGCUGAAGCCCGGCGGCACGGUCCUGUUCCGGGACUACGGCCUGCACGACCACGCCAUGCGCAGGUUCAAAGCGAGCAGCAAACUGGCGGAGAACUUUUACGUGCGCCAGGACGGAACCAGAUCCUACUUCUUCUCCAAAGACUUCUUGGCGGCGCUGUUCUCGGAGGCGGGCCUCCUGUGCCAGGCUAACGAGUACGUCAUGAGAGAAACGGUCAACAAGAAGGAAGGACUUUGUGUCCCCAGAGUUUUCCUGCAGAGCAAGUUUGUCAAACCGGGCCACCAUCAGGACCCCUGACCCAUGGACUUGUGUGACGUUACGCAGACGUGCGGAAAGUCGCAGAAGUGAGUGAAUGAAAAUGUUGAAAAAGAGGACAUUUACUUUGACGGGUUCAUUAUUUUUAGUGGGGGAGGGAGCAACAGAUUGCUCUGCUCAUAUGGGAUAGGCUCCAGCACCCCCGCGACCCCGAAGAGGGACAAGCAGUAGAAAAUGGAUGGGCCUUUUAAUGCACGCCUCCGAAAUACUGUAAAUUCAGGACUAUAAGCUGCUACUUUUUUCCUACACUUUGAACUCCGACUUGUAAAACAUAGCCAUUACUUAUGUUUUGACACGUGACUUCUUUCCAGAAGUGAAAACCAAAUGGCGGUUGUACAACAAGCAGUGCACACACUAUCUUGAGUACACAAGAGGCUUAAAUCUUCCUGCAAAAAAGCAUAUACGAACAGAAAAAUCAAACUAUGCAAUGGAAUAGAUCCCUAUAUUUUAUCAAAAAAUGAUUUUUGUCGAGCUAUAUCAAGGAUUAUGUCAGUAGCGUUCCCAGACAUAUCGAACGACUGUGCUCCAGACCCCAUUCUACACGACAAAACGCAUGAACAUUUUUGAAAAUGUUCUGCCUGUUUUACAUCAAACUGUCAGGUUCAAACACUGAUGACAUCUAUUAAACAGACAAGAAGCAAGGAGUCAUGCAGAGACAGAGUUCAAUUUAGCUCUUGAGGAGAACGCAUGGAGCUGCACGCUUAGUCACAGUCUCGCCCUACGCUCUAGGGUACAGCUCCCGCGUCUCUCUAUUUAUUCAGGAGUUCCCCAGUCAACAUCACUGAGGCCGCCUCUAAAAGGAGUGGUCACACAUAUCAUGCAAAUGGUAAAUGGGUUGUACUUGUAUAGCGCUUUUCUACCCCUUUUUAAGGAGCCCAAAGCGCUUUGACAGUAUUUCCACAUUCGCCCAUUCACACACACAUUCACGCACUGAUGGCAGGAGCUGCCAUGCAAGGCGCUCACCAGGACCCAUCAGGAGCAAGGGUGAAGUGUCUUGCCCAAGGACACUACGGACGUGACUAGGAUGGUAGAAGGUGGGGAUUGAACCAGUAACCCUCAGAUUGCUGGCACAGCCGCUCUACCAACUUCGCCAUGCAGGCGGGACCUUCCUGUUUUGCAUCAAACCAAAAGUAAAGUUGUCCAUAGCGUUUCUGCUCAAAAGGAUCCUUCAUUCAUCACUCCAAGUAAUGUUUGUAAGUUUUACAAUACAACUGAAACAAUUCUUACUUACAAAACCAUCCCAUGUGUGUAAGAGUGUUUUCGUGCAUAUUUGUACUUGCUAUUGUAAUGCAACGACAAGACCGUCGUUACCCAUAGCUAAUAUGCUAAAAUGCCUGCAAGUGUGUUAAUAUUAUAAAAUUACAACAAGCAUUCUUUUUGUAUUGUUUUGGUCUCACAAAUUCCUCGGUAAAUUCACCAAAACUUCACCGUGGAGUUAUUUAGUCUGUUUAGCUGAUUGUGAACUAGCUUCCGCAGCUUGUGGGUCCAUGACGAAGACUUCUGUUUUGUUUGAUCCGCCGUUUUACUGCCGGGCCACAGACACUGUUUGGAAACAGUUUAGGUAUGUAAAUAAACAUUCAUGAAAUAUUUCUGUGUAAAUAAUUAAUUUCACAUUGGGCCUAUAAGACUGGUGUGGCUAAUAAAUGGGGGAAAAAUGUA